AUGAUAACGGAGACAUUUAGACAAGGAACUCAAGACACUACACAGGAAGCAACGGAAAAUUCUGAAGAAGGAAGUCCGUCAGUGCUACUACUCAGGGGAAAAAUUCAUAUCGGUAACUUGUCAAACCCGUCUUUGGACAAUGAAAAUACGAAGAAGACAGUGGUGGCUACAGGCAGCGACGUGAACGAACUAAAACGGCAGGCUUUUUCAUUUGCGCCAUUGCCAUCGCCUAUCUCGGAUAAUCAACCUCCAGUCAAAAGACCACCAAUUGCAGUCGCUAAUGCAACGUUAUCAAAGGACAAGUAUUUGUCGUCAAGUCCAAACUCUAGCUUGAACGUGCAAUCUUCAAUUCACUCAACUACCGCGAAAGCACAGGCAAAGCCUGCUGUCCUGCACUCAAAAAGGCUUUAUUUCCUUAGCAGCACCGACAUCAUCGAUGAUCCGUUUACGAAGAUCACUGCACAAUCUGAUGUUUUUGCAACAAGACCAAACCUAAACCUGAACGUAUGCGCUUUAAAGAAUGAAGGCAAAACGAUGCACAAAGCCUGGGAGGAGUUUCUGGAACUCAAAGAAGACGUCAGACGACAGCAGCAAGAUAGACUCGAUGCAAAAAAUGGACCGGUACUUCGAAACCUUCAAAGCUUGGAACAUGAAGAAUGGAACCGACGCCGUUCGACAAGAGAUCCAAGAAAAUAA